GGUGGUGGUGGUGGUUGUGGUGGUGUGUUUCUCAAAUUAGCAUAUCGACCGCGGUUACUGGCUGACCAGUGAACAUACGUGGCGGCCAUGUGCAGGACAACAAAAAAAUUCCAUCACGUUGUCUGGCCAUUGGUGUGUGCGUGUUGCUUUGGGUGUGGGUGUGGGUGUGUGGGGGGGGAUGGUUGCGUGUGGCGAUCGACCUGGCGAGUUCGUAGAAGAUAGACUAGCGUUCCAUAAGCAGCCGAGAACAGAGACAAAGAUGCCACCCCCGCUAUCACCAUCACCGCCGCCAAGGGUCCGGCGGAUGAGACACGUAGCCGACCAAGACUUGUUCGACGACGUUAGACCAUUUGCCUCGAAGGGACGUUCAUGGAAUACGGGGGCGACCUUACGGACAUGGGCGUUUUUGACUGCGGGUUUGGCAGGACAGCGUAAUGGACGGGCGUGAAGACCCUGCGGCAAUAGCAAAGGUCGAGGCGAGGGAUUACGCGUUUGUUGCUGUCAGCGUUCCUUGGUGUACUCCAGCAGGUCCGAUGGGGAGGAGGCGUGUGUGUGCGGACCGCAGGGAUCCCAGCGAGACGGUUUGGUUCCUGUUACGUUAGGGCGGGCUCAUUUCAGCUUCGUCGCUUGCCCGGCUCAUCCGCCGAGUCUUGGAAAGGGGGAGAGGCGCACACUUGUGUUGCUGAUCGGUGACAACUUCCGUUGACUCUUCCGUCCCAUUCCUCGCGCGCGUUAUUUCGCAACGGUUGAAAGAGGCGCACGGGUGCGCUCGUUUGUUUUGCUCGCCUCUUUCUCUCGAUUACCGGGGGAUGGUAGGGACUACUGUACACGGUCGUGUUUCUUGUUUCGGCUCGAGAACCAAGAGGACCGUGUAUGUUCUGAUCGGAGUUGGUGGGAAAACAUGGUGCGGGUGGUCGAGAAUGGCUUGUUUUUUUCCUAGAUUUUUUUUUUGCACUUCGACUCGACGAACAGCUUGAAAGUCCUCUCGUCUUUAUUUUUUAUCUAUAUGCCCACCGUUUCUUUUCUUCAUUAUGCGACAAAAUGAAAAUAGCACGCUGGCGGCAAUAGUACGCUGGCGAGGAAGAAAGAAGAUGGGCUCGGGGAGAGAGAGGCGUGAGAUAGACGCGAAAAUCACGGUGGGGUCGUGGAAGAAUGAGGGCGAGGCAGAGAUAAUUCAUCGCCACGGUCCGAUCCCUUGAAACGCACGCCGCCAUCCAGUGGAGUACAUGGGUGAUGUAUUUUGGGCUAUAGUGGGAAGCUCGCAGCGAUUAAUUUUGAAAAGUGUGUUCGGUGGAGAAAUCAGUCUUGUGGGGGGCAUAGUGAUGCUGGCGCCGGAUACUCUUGCGGUGUUCCGCAACGGGUACGGGAGAGGUCAUGAUUGUAUUGAUUGGUAUUUAGGGUGGUUGGGUAAAUUUUGUUGUGCGGUUUUGGUGUCAGGUGCGGUGCCGGUAGCGGCUUGGUGCGUCACACACACACACACACACACGUGAAACUGCAUUCCACAAAGGUAUUCCACGACAGAUGGACGAUCCAGGCGGGCGGCACCCUGUAUUUGCGAAUCGCUUUCGUUGUGUAGAUUUUUUUUUUCUUCUUGGACCUGCUCGACUUUAUUCAUGAUCCUGUUUUGAAAGCGUAAUCGAAAAUUAUCCUGCGCGACCUCCCUGCCCGU